GACCUAGUUGCGCAAAGGAUUAUGGUUAAUGUUCUGGAGGCAGAACCCGGAAGUAGGAGCCGAAGUUCAAGGGCUUGCAGGGUUGGUCAGACUUGUGUUUUGGUCCGUGGGGGUGCACAGAGAAAGAUGACCGGAAAUAUGGGCUCUGCGGGUUCCUGAGAAAAGGGGAAGCUCUUCGACCAUUUGAGAGACAGAUGAGCAGGGAGAGUUCUGGAGUAAUGAACUUCAAAAGUGAUCAAGAAAGAAGCCUCAGGACAAAAAUCACAUGGCAGUUUUCAUGAGGCUCAGCUGAGGGUCUGUUAGCCUGGGUGCCAUCCGGUUACUGCCAGGCCCAGUCGUGAUACUGGUGCAAUACAGUUGUUUGUGACACUCACAUCUACAAAACAUGGCAAAGUGAUGUCGGAUGACAACAGUGUAAGGGAGAGGAUGGAGACGGAGGAGGAGUCUGGGACCAUCCCGAGGGCACACUGGGAUACUGAGGAGUUUCUGGAAGAUGAGGGAUACUCCUUCCACUACUCCUUGCUGGAGAUCUUCUCACCUGAGAUUUUGUUCCACAUCUUGUCUCACCUGGAGUGGCAUCAGCUGGGCGUGGUGGCACAGACAUGCAGGACACUAUGUGAGAUGUGUCAGAGUCCUGCGCUAUGGUCUAGAAUUACACACUUUGACUUCCGGCUGUGCCAGGAUCCAACAGAGGAGAGAAUACUGAAGGUGUUGGAGCUGUGUAAACAUGCAGAUUAUCUUGCUAUUGGUUCCAUUCUGACUGAUGACCUGUUGACAAACAGUCUGAACUACUGUCUAGAGUUGAGAAGCCUGCACUUGGAAUCAGAACAAGCCAAUGAUGACACUGUGGCCAUUGUAGCAGAGAAGGGCACCAGGUUAAGGUCCUUCACCAUCGAGAACAGUCGGGAGGUGACGAGUGCCGCAAUCAGUAAACUGCUCACGUCCAACCCCUCCCUCCAGGAGCUGGGAAUUAUAGGUGACUGGAGACAUCCCAUGGACAUCUGGCUACAGCCUGAGCAACCUCCAUCUGCAAUACAACUCAAACAAGUCUGUUUCCAGAGAUGUAGACUUUCAGUAGAGAGGUUGCGAUCACUCGGCCAGACAUGCCCACUUCUACAGGAUGUUGACCUGUCAGCCUGCUUUGGAUUACAAGAAAUCACACAGCAAACGAUUGGGGCUGGAUUCCGAGGUCUUAAAGAGCUGUGUCUGAGAGCAACAGAUAUUGUAAACCUGGAACUAACUGAGCUCGGUGAGCUUGAGACUGUGGACUGCUCCAAGUGCAGUGGACUGGAAUCCAUCACAAUCAACUGUGUAGCACUAAGAAGACUGGAUGUUACAGAGUGCACCUUCUUACAGCAAGUCAACCUCAAGUCAAGGGUCAUGACAGAGGCCAAGUUCUGUGAGCUGCCUGCCCUGACAGACCUGUCUGUGGAGAGUGAGAAGCUGGUCACCCUGGACAUCUCCUACUCCACUGAGUUAAGUCUCCAGAAACUGUUGUCCCUGCCAUCCUUGUCUGGUGUGGAGACACUCAACAUCACAGGAUGUAAACAGCUCAACCUGACAGAAGUCAACUCACUUCUGCUGCCAAGGAUGCCCCACCUGUCAGAGUUGGUCUGUGGGGAUGUCUCCAGCCACGACGUCACUGUCAGGUCACUCACCUUAACUGGAUUAAUUAUCAAGGAUAUCCAGCACCUCCCCUGUGUGUCAGUCAACUGCCCCAGCCUGCAGAGGUUCACAGUGGAGAGGUGUGCCGACCUGACAGAACCAGAGCUGUUGGAUGGGCUCAUCCUGGGGAGACAUACUAAGAGGUCACAACAAAUCAACAAGAUGUCCGCCAUGGACGAGCCGACACGCUCCAGGCUGCCCUCGCUCAGUCACGGAGCUCCCAUGAUGCAACACCUGACCAUUCGGCAGAUCCCAAACAUGGUCGGGAGCUGCCUGAGCGGGGACGGAGCCAGCUUUGUCUGCCUCAAGGUGCUGGAGAUCCAGGCCUGUCCGUUCAUGAAGAUUCUGGAGAUUGAUGGUUGGCCCUCCCUUGAAGAGGUCCGAGUGUACAGCUCCAAAAAGUUGAGCAAUCUGGUGGUCAUCAACAGCCCACAUGUCACCACUGUCAUCACACAGUGGUGCAGCAGCAUGAUGGAGAAGUUCCAUGUUGUCUGUGACAAGUUGCAGACCCUGAAGACAACUGGGUGUAGCUUUGCUAACUACACAGUACACAGCAAGUCACUGAGACAGCUGGAGGUCAGCGGCGUGUGCAUGAAGCCAACAGAUACUCUAGAUAUCAGGUGUGAAAGUUUGGUGGACCUGACCAUCCUGAAGUGUGAGAAUCUGUCUGAAGUCUACCUGUCAAAGUUGUUGUCCUCCUGCCCAAAUGUGACAAAUCUUCGACUGUCAGGGUGUAACCAAGUCAACUAUGUAAAAGUGCCAGCCACGGUGACCCAUCUCUCCCUGAGUGCCUUGCGGAGACUAUCUCAGGUCAUGUUGGAGGAGAGAUGCAGACUGACUGUGCUGCACCUCAGUCACUUACCAAAGGUGUCUGUGGACCUGCGGCUGCAGCUGCUGAGCAGGUGCCAGAACAGCCUGUGCGAGCUGGAACUGCGAGGACUGCCCCAUGAGACGCACCUCUCCCUCUCUCUCCCACAACUCCACUCCUUCACCCUGGACCAGUGUAUUCAUCUCACCGGACUGGACUUGACCUGUCCACUGCUGAGGUACCUGAGACUGCAGGGGUGUCCCAAGCUGUGCUCCUUCAGCAUGAAAGUAGGCAACCUGGCAUCGCUACAGGUGGACCACAGCUCCCCCUUGCUGUCUCUCAAGUCACUGCAGCUGGCCUGCAACAAUCUCAGGUUCCUGGCCAGAAUUCUGGGAUAUUACUGUCCUAAUCUGGAGGAACUUGUGCUGUCUGGAGACAACACCAGCAUGACCCGUGUGUGCAGCAUUGGCCACAACCUCCCCUCCCUCCACACCAUCACCCUGCAGAACUGCACCCUGGAGGAGGACAUCGCCUCCCACCUCCCCGGCCCCAUCCACCUGCGCGCCUCCGACCUGCACAGGGCCACCGACAGGGACAUGGUGGUCGUGUUUCAGCAGAAUGCCUCAAAGUGGAAAAUGUGAUCAUUAUAAACCAAAAACAUUACUUACACCCCACCCAAAGUUAACAUGCCCAUGCCAACAUGCCGCUUAAGGUAUGGAUGUAGGUAUAGUCACUGUUCAACUGGCCAAAGAGCUAGCUACUUCAGCACCAGGGGCUCAGUAGGGAGUAACCCAUAAACUGAGGUAAGCCAAAGAAAAUACUGCUUUAAAAUAAAUCUUUGUAGGUACCACAUGAUGUAACAAACAUUGGAACAUGCAGCAGCCGACUUUGAGGAAGUGCCUCUAAAAUUUUGUAUUGUAGUAAUCGUACAAAACAGCUUGCAAUAAUGGCUUUAUUGUGGUGAGAGCAUACAAGUGAAACAUAUUUUUUGUGACUACAUUACAAAAAGUGCACCCUCUUGUCUUUUUAUCUGUCUUAGGUAGAAGCAAAUAUUGUGUAACUGGAAUUUAGACACACGAAUGUGUAUUCCAAAGUUUGUAUUUUAGGGGGGGAGUGCUGUAAGACUAGUGCUAGAUAAUUCAAACUUCAUAUUUAUGUAUAUAUAUGUAUAUUUACCAAGGGUUACAAAUGUGUAUCGAUGUUUGACCUUAAAACAGGGUUAUCCUUUUAGAUUGGGAAUUUAUCAACAUUAUUCAUUGAAUUUGUGGCACCCUAUGUCUACUUGUUACAUGUAUGUAAGUAGAUUUGUCAAGUUUGACUUACAAAACUUGUUAUACUAUAGGAACUCAUAAACAAACUUUUGUCUGUUUAGGUGCCACCUAUUCAGAGUAUUGUAGAAGUUGCACAGUAUCUUUGACAGUUUUAAACAUCAGGCUACCUGACUGCAAUGUAACUAGUAUGCCAAAGGUCUUUUCUAUGAUUUCUUGAACCAAUGUAAGAUUAUAGCCUAACAUUUGAGACUGUUGAUGGUGCUUGCUGUUUGUGACAUAAUUAUCUGUUUUAAAUCUAAAUCUCCAAAAUUAAAUGAUGAGGUAAUGUUAACUUCAAAUAGCAUAAGUACUGGAUUUUGAGCUCAAUGUUUACAUUAUGAAUUCAUAUAGACUCAAUCUAUUUCUGUUAGCACAAAGUAAGGAGCCACUCUAUGAUGAUUUACCAAAGAGAAUGUAAAGAGAAUGUUAAACUAAGUCAAUUUUAUAAAGUAUUUGGAUUGGAUUAAAGACGAAAAAAAAUCAAACUAUUGCAUUUGCUUACACUGUGCUUACAUUAUGAAUUCAUUUAGAUACAAUUCAUAGCACAGAUAAGGAACCACUCUAUUGAUGACUAACCAAAGACAACCAGAAGGUUUAGUGAAUUUUUAUACACUGAGAUUGGAUUAGAUACGAGUCAGGCGCUCUCCUUAACAGUUAAGUGAACUUUAUUGUCCAGUUUGAAUGUAUAAAGUUUUAAUUACCAUUCACAAGUCCAUGCCUAACAAAAUGAUAAUGAACUUGAGGUUUGAUGCCAGGAUGGAUGUAAGAUUUGGGGCACAAUACUUUUAUCUACAAAUCAGACAGUAACUGCCAGUGUCAGGCAUUCUGCAAUUCAUACAGCAAUUUCUUGCAAGGCACAACUUCUUAAUAGUGAGGUAAUUUCUGGUGCACUAGAGAUAGGUACGGUGCUGUUGUAAAUAGUUUGUUUGUUGUCAGGUUCCAAAGUGUAUAGGAUGGUCAACAUAGUGCCAUGUAUGAAAUACGCUGUGCAAUAACUGUAUAACGUUAGUGACUACUAUCUUUUACCAUGCAAAUACAACAGUAUGUUGUAGCUUUUUGUGAUAUUUGUAACUAAACCAUUUCUUUAUUCUUAAGCCCACCAACACCAUGUAUUAACUGUUUGUAAAUAAAGUAUAAAUAAGAAUGA